GAUAGGGUAGUCCUUCUUGCUGUGCCAACUCCUCUUGUUAUCAUUCGUAUCUGUUCUGAGUAGAAAUGAAAGACCUAACCGUAGUGUUUACAUAGUAAAAUUUGUAUAAAUAUUGAUUUUCAAAGGAGUGCAGAACGUUCGAUAUGCUAAAGACCUUAUUCAAAGGUCGUAUUGUCACUGAUCUUGGCAUUUUUUUCAAGCAUAACCCAGUCUAUUACUAUGCACAUAGUUUUCGGACCAAAGGAUUUCAGAAGAUUCGUUGAGCUAUACGCUUGUCACUCGACGGUUCAGCUGAUGGCCUGAUAACUGGUCGGUGGAAUGGCUGAAAUCUUUCCACUAUUUCCGUUCAGUGAAUUUGACUUAAACAGCCCUGAUUUGUUUCAAAUGGUGCGUACGUUUCGUACGAUGAGAUACCAAUGGACGUUCUGUAUAUUUUUGCGCCGUCGAUAUGAACGACAGGAACUGUAACUAUCUUUCUGAUUAUGUCGGUGCAAUUAGCUCAGCGAUACGACCGCACGAGUAUUAUUUGCGAAAAAUUCACGGUACUCACUCUCAGAAGCUGCUUUGGUGGUAACAAAAGAUACGAUGGCAAACUGGAAUGACUGGUGGACGUACGAGGGGAUUUCAGGUCCAGACUUUUGGGGCCGACUCAAUCCAGGCCUCUGGGGUUUAUGCAGCACGGGGCGGCGCCAAUCACCCAUCAAUAUAGAACCGCAGAGGCUUCUGUUUGACCCCCAACUGUUGGACCUGCAAGUUGGAAAAGCUCGUGUUCAUGGCAUUCUUCACAACACUGGACAAGGAGUUGUGUUUCGUUUGGAAACAACUGAAACCCCAAUAAAUGACAUUUCAAGCCCCUCAAAACCCGAUACCGCCGGCCAUGUGGCAGAAUAUGGCCAGACAAGUACUACGAGGACUAAGGUUCCAACAGUGAAUAUCACUGGAGGACCGUUAUCAUAUGCGUAUCGUGUCUACGAAAUCCAGUUGCAUUUUGGCAGGCAGGAUCAUCAGGGAUCAGAACAUCUUCUCGCUGGUUUUUCUUUCCCAGCUGAGGUUCAAAUCUACGCGUAUAAUAGUGAGCUUUACGAAAACGCCACUGAGGCGCGAAGCCGAGCUUAUGGCAUUGCCGCCGUCUCGAUGUUUGUUAAAGUUGCUAAUGCUAAAGAGGCUUUGCCUAAGACCGGACAACACUUCCUGAAAGAAUCGAACCUGUCUAAACCAAAUCUGGAACUGAAAAUGUUAACGGAUCAAUUGCAACACAUAAUCUACAAAGGCGAUAGCGUCGUCCUCAAGGCGUUGUCGGUUCAUGAGCUUCUUCCAAAUACUUCAGCACUGAUCACGUAUGAAGGCUCGCUUACAGCUCCAGGAUGUGAGGAGACGGCCACUUGGAUACUUCUCAAUAGGCCGCUCUAUGUCUCGUCACAACAGCUAUUAGCAAUGCGUAAGCUGAAGCAAGGUGAGUUGACUUUACCAGUGGCGCCUUUGGGGAACAACUUCCGUCCUCCACAGCCUCUGCACCAAAGAGCUAUCCGGACAAAUAUUGAUCUCUAUCCCGAUCGUAAUAUCAGAAACCAAAAAUAUCUAGACGAUGGAACCACUGAAGGAUUAGCAACCACCUGCCCUUCGAUGCAGGUGCAAAAAUUUUACCAAGUAUCUUCUGAACACGUCGCGAUAACUUCCAGAUUUAGCGUUACCACGAAACUGGAUAACGAAAAUAUAUAAAGGACUUUUCGAGGAAUAGGCGUUGGAUGGAUGUACAUAUCAAUAUUAAGUUAACAAUACACUUCAUUGUGCUGCGUAAAUGUGUAUGUGUAUAAUGAGCUCGUACUGAGAGACCAGUGACUAAAUACUCAACGAAAGAAUACUAGUACAUAUGUAUUGUACUUUUUUUACUGAAGUUCGUCAAUGGUGUUACGGAACCGAAAACCUAAUAAAAAAAACGUCGCGAUCCAGGCACGGCAGUUACGGAUCGUAAUACAUUAGCGGAAAUAUAGAGAACAUUCAACUGUCAAUAAAAGUCAAUUAUUAUGGUUUGGUGGUGACAGAGUUGUUACAGAAGAUUUUCUUAUCUUUACGUCUGUGCUUUGGAUUGUAAUAAAGUAACUACUAAUACUUUUUUUUUCUUUAUCAGAUCGGUGUUCAAGCUUGUGAGUUGUUUUAAGUCAGUUCAUAUACAAACAAGCAGAACUGGGUGAUGAGUUGAUAUUGGAAGAAGGAUGUUUGACCUCUUAAGAAAGGAUGCUAGCAACAUUACUGUAGUUGAAUUAUACUCUUAUUUCGAUAGAAGACGGUUUAGGUGACCGUAGAUUACAGCCGAGAGCCCGUUUCCUAAUAGAGCGUGAAGUGCAGAAACCAGUGCGCCCGUGUGGAGACAGAUGAGCUGGAACAGUUAAAUUUUGAGCUUCGCCCCCACAACAUGUGCUUUCUUACGAGCAUGUGAGAAUUUUUCUUAAAGUGAUCGCAGGACGCGUGAAAAUCAUCCAGUAUUCAGGCCAUAACACUGCAUUAGUUAACAUCCACCAAAUACCGGCAGCCGUAUUUUAUGGGAUUCUGUAAUAUAUAUGCAUAUAGAAAAAACUUGCAUAUUCUGUAUCAGUAUGAAUAUUUCGUUCUCGGUAGGUGGGGUACGCAUUGAAUUGUUUUUUUGGGCCAGACUCACGAAAUAGGCGUGUUUUGCUAAAUCAAGAAUCGUUUGCCUACUUUUUGAAAAUUCGUUAUUUUUAUGGAUAAGCACUACCGAUAGAAAGAACCAACGGAACAAUCAAUUGAUAUAACAGCCUCGAUAAAGGCAAAUUACAACAACUCUAUGUUCUAUUCUCGUGAUAUGUCUUGCUUGUUGAAAGAGGUUGUGUAUUCUAAAUUAACUGGC